AUGGAGAAGGCGGUUCUGCUGCGUUCUCUUUCAUCUACUACACCACUCGCCUGUUCUAUAAUCUUCGCUCGCCCUUACAACGGACUAGCUCGAUUUACAUCUAUCUCCGCCAAGCGCCACCGUCUGCUCCACAGCGUCCAGCGCUGUCGCCGCUCCACGCUCUUCGACAACCACCUCCGUCUCACCUCCACCGCCGCUUCCCCGGCUUUUCACCUGAGAAGGCACUUUUCCUCUCUCUCCGUCCGAGCUGUUGCCACUUCCUCCCCGCAGCUCUCUCCAGAUGGUAUUGGAGCUGAUGAUGAAGUUGCCGAGAAGCUGGGGUUCGAGAAAGUGUCUGAGCAGUUCAUUGAUGAGUGUAAAUCCAAAGCUAUUUUAUAUAAGCACAAGAAGACCGGCGCCGAAAUUAUGUCGGUUUGCAAUGACGAUGAGAAUAAGGUCUUUGGUAUUGUUUUCCGAACUCCUCCGAAAGAUUCAACUGGAAUUCCUCACAUAUUGGAACACAGUGUAUUGUGUGGUUCAAGAAAGUAUCCCCUAAAAGAACCUUUUGUUGAACUAUUGAAGGGAAGCUUGCACACUUUCCUAAAUGCAUUCACCUAUCCUGAUAGGACUUGCUAUCCUGUUGCUUCCACAAAUACUAAGGAUUUCUAUAACUUGGUUGAUGUGUACUUAGAUGCUGUAUUUUUCCCCAAAUGUGUGGAGGACUUUCAAACCUUUCAACAAGAGGGUUGGCAUUAUGAACUGAAUGACCCUUCAGAAAACAUAACAUAUAAAGGUGUUGUUUUCAAUGAGAUGAAGGGGGUUUAUUCACAGCCUGAUAACAUAAUGGGUAGGACGUCCCAGCAAGCCCUUUUUCCAGAUAAUACAUAUGGUGUCGAUAGUGGUGGAGAUCCACUGGUCAUUCCCAAGCUCACUUUUGAGGAAUUUAAGGAAUUCCACCGCAAAUACUACCAUCCUAGCAAUGCUAGAAUAUGGUUUUAUGGUGAUGAUGAUCCAACUGAACGAUUGCGCAUCUUAAGUGAAUAUCUGGACACAUUUGAUGCUAGUUCAGCACCUCAAGAGUCGAGAAUUCAUCCACAGAAACUGUUCUCUGAGCCACUUAGGAUUGUUGAAAAAUAUCCUGCAGGGGAGGGUGAUGACCUAAAGAAAAAGCACAUGGUUUGCAUUAAUUGGCUUCUUUCUGAGAAGCCACUAGAUUUGGAAACUGAGCUUGCUCUGGGUUUUUUGGAUCAUUUGCUGUUGGGAACUCCUGCUUCUCCUUUAAGGAAAAUCUUGUUGGAAAGUGGUUUAGGUGAUGCUAUUGUUGGGGGCGGGGUAGAAGAUGAGCUUCUUCAGCCUCAAUUUAGCAUUGGGUUGAAGGGUGUUUCGGAAGAAAACAUUCAAAAAGUAGAAGAAUUGGUAAUGAGUACCCUAAAAAAUUUGGCAGAAGAAGGUUUCAAUUCAGAUGCUGUGGAGGCAUCAAUGAACACAAUUGAGUUCUCUCUUAGGGAGAAUAACACUGGCUCAUUCCCUCGUGGACUGGCGUUGAUGCUCCGCUCCAUUGGGAAAUGGGUUUAUGAUAUGGAUCCAUUUGAACCACUAAAAUAUCAGAAACCUCUUGAAGACCUGAAAUCCAGAAUAGCCAAGGAAGGAUCCAAAGCUGUUUUUGCUCCUUUAAUAGAACAAUUCAUCUUGACUAACCCACAUCGAGUGACUGUUGAGAUGCAGCCUGAUCCUGAGAAGGCUUCCCGUGAUGAAGCAACUGAAAAAGAAAUCCUGAAUAAAGUGAAAUCAAGCAUGACACAGGAGGAUCUUGCAGAGUUGGCACGUGCUACACAUGAGCUACGACUGAAGCAAGAAACACCUGACCCUCCAGAAGCCCUGAAAGUUGUACCAAGUCUCUCUCUACAAGAUAUUCCCAAAAAGCCUGUACAUGUUCCGAUUGAGGUUGGUGAUAUCAAUGGAACAAAAGUUUUGCGACAUGACCUCUUUACAAAUGAUAUCCUUUAUGCUGAAAUUGUUUUCAAUAUGAGCUUGUUGAAGCCAGAGCUUGUUCCAUUGGUUCCACUUUUCUGUCAGUCACUGCUGGAGAUGGGAACAAAGGACUUGGACUUUGUUCAGCUGAAUCAGUUGAUUGGAAGAAAAACUGGAGGGAUUUCAGUGUAUCCUAUGACCUCAUCAGUGCGGGGUAAGGUAGAUCCAUGUUGCCAUAUGAUUGUUCGAGGCAAAUCCAUGUCUGGACGAAUUGAAGAUCUAUUCAACUUGAUGAACUGUGUUAUUCAAGAUGUCAAGCUCACUGACCAAAAAAGAUUCAAGCAGUUUGUUUCUCAAAGCAAAGCUAGAAUGGAGAACCGACUAAGAGGCAGUGGUCAUAGCAUUGCAGCUGCUAGGAUGGAUGCAAAACUUAACGUUGCAGGGUGGCUGUCUGAACAAAUGGGUGGUGUCAGCUAUUUGGAAUUUCUGAGAAACCUUGAAGUAAAAGUUGAUAACAAUUGGCCAGAAAUUUCAUCAUCUCUUGAAGAGAUACGGAGAUCCCUAUUUUCGAAGGAUGGGUGCCUGGUUAAUCUAACAGCUGACGAGAAAAAUCUAAUGAAUGCUGAGAAACAUGUUGGUUCAUUCCUCGAUUUGCUUCCUAGUAAGUCUCUAGCAGAACCUACAGUAUGGAAUGCACGGCUUUCUCCUACAAAUGAAGCUAUAGUUGUCCCUACUCAAGUAAAUUAUGUUGGGAAAGCAGCAAAUCUCUUUGAUGCAGGCUAUAAACUUAAGGGUAGUGCAUAUGUUAUUUCAAAGUACAUAAGCAAUACAUGGCUGUGGGAUCGUGUACGAGUCAGUGGUGGAGCUUAUGGAGGAUUUUGUGAUUUUGACACCCACUCUGGUGUAUUCUCAUUUUUGUCUUAUCGCGAUCCAAAUUUGAUGAAGACACUUAAUGUGUAUGAUGGAACAAGUGAUUUCCUGAGAGAACUUGAAAUGGAUGAUGAUACUCUAACGAAGGCAAUUAUUGGAACAAUUGGUGAUGUUGAUGCAUACCAGCUACCUGAUGCAAAAGGAUACAGUAGUUUACUUCGAUAUUUAUUGGGGGUUACUGAAGAAGAAAGGCAAUUGAGGCGCGAAGAAAUAUUAUCCACAAGGCUGGCCGAUUUCAAGGAAUUUGCAGAUGCAAUCCAAGCAGUAAAAGAUCAAGGGGUCGUGGUUGCCGUGGCUUCACCAGAUGAUGUUGAUGCUGCCAACAAGGAACACCCCAACUUCUUUGAAGUAAAUAAAGCACUAUGAGAAGAGUAAUUUUUCCUUUCCUGAUUGUCUUAUCACAAAUUCACACAAUAGAUACACCCCCGCAGUACCAUCAUUUGUCUUGCACUGAACAGCUUAGGAAUAACAAUUUUUAUCCCCUCCCACCCUCUCCCUUUUUUCUUUUAGUAUUUGGAGGAGUGGUGGAGGUUGGCACCUCAAACUAAGUUUUAUUUGUAGAUACUUCAUAUAUUGCCUGCAUGAGAUUUGGAGUAAAAAGUUUCUGAGGUGCACAUUACCCUUUUACCA